UCUUGCCAGUCGAACCUCUCAGCCAGAAAUCAGUCGUCAGCUAGUAGCCGAAGUGUCAGUUACACACAUCGAGGGUUCCCAACCGCGUUGCUUCGACGAUCAAACCACACAUCAUAUCGUAUUGAAAAUUGUAAUCAAAGUGCUGAAAACCUGAAUCACACAGACUGAUUGAAAAGUGCUUGCAAACCCCCGAAAAAACAACACACACAAACUGCCAAAGUGAGAAAACGUGCAGCAACGAUCGCGAAUCGCUGCAAUUAAAAAGUCGUCAUAAACCUAGUGCCCAUCCAACAACAAAUAAAAAAAAAACAAAAAGAUGAACCAGACAUGCAAAGUGUGCGGUGAGCCGGCGGCGGGCUUCCAUUUUGGCGCCUUCACCUGCGAGGGCUGCAAGUCCUUCUUCGGCCGAUCGUACAACAACAUCAGCACCAUCAGCGAGUGCAAGAACGAGGGCAAGUGCAUCAUCGACAAGAAGAACCGCACCACCUGCAAGGCGUGCCGCUUGAGGAAGUGCUACAACGUGGGCAUGUCGAAGGGAGGAUCCCGCUACGGACGUCGCUCCAACUGGUUCAAGAUCCACUGCCUGCUGCAGGAGCACGAACAGGCCGCCGCAGCGGCGGGCAAGGCGCCUCCAACAGCGGGUGGCGUAUCGGUGGGUGGUGCCCCGUCGGCCUCCUCCCCGGUGGGCUCGCCACACACACCCGGAUUCGGAGACAUGGCCGCCCAUCUGCACCACCAUCAUCAGCAGCAGCAACAGCAGGUGCCGCGUCAUCCACAUAUGCCUCUGCUGGGCUAUCCCAGCUAUCUGCCCGAUCCAUCCGCCGCCCUGCCCUUCUUCAGCAUGAUGGGUGGUGUGCCGCACCAGUCGCCCUUCCAGCUGCCCCCGCACCUCCUCUUCCCCGGCUACCACGCCAGUGCUGCCGCUGCAGCGGCUUCUGCUGCGGAUGCCGCUUACCGCCAGGAGAUGUACAAGCACCGCCAGAGCGUGGAUUCCGUUGAGUCGCAGAACCGCUUCAGUCCCGCCAGCCAGCCACCAGUGGUGCAGCCCACCUCCUCGGCCCGCCAGUCGCCCAUCGAUGUCUGCUUGGAGGAGGACGUUCAGUCCGUGCAUAGCCAUCAGUCAUCCGCAAGCCUCCUGCACCCCAUUGCCAUCCGAGCCACGCCUACCACUCCUACGACUAGCAGCAGCCCCCUGAGUUUCGCGGCCAAGAUGCAGAGCUUGUCGCCCGUUUCGGUGUGCUCCAUUGGAGGCGAAACCACCAGCGUUGCGCCAGUGCAUCCCCCCACUGCUUCCGCCCAAGAAGGACCAAUGGAUCUGAGCAUGAAGACCUCAAGGAGCUCCGUGCACAGCUUCAACGACAGCGGCUCCGAGGAUCACGAAGUGGAGGCGGCUCCGCGCCGGAAGUUCUACCAACUGGAGGCCGAGUGCCUGACCACCAGCAGCAACAGUUCCUCCCACUCCGGCGCCCACUCACCGAACACCACCACCACCCAUGCAGAAGUCAAGCGGCAGAAGUUGGGUGGUGCAGAGGCCACUCACUUCGGUGGCUUCGCGGUGGCCCACAAUGCGGCUAGUGCCAUGAGGGGAAUAUUCGUGUGUGUCUAAGUACACGGCGAAAAAAACCAGUGGGAGGAGUCGCCCCAAAAAGCCUCGUUGUUUAUUUUUUGUUACUUGAGGAAUAUGUAAAUUUAUUCGUGUGCUCGCUCACACUUAGGGAAGUGGAAAGAGAUAGGGACAGACAGGUUUGCUGGAAAGAGACAGCUUGACCAGGUAGUUGCAUUGCACACGCACACAUACGCCUAUACACCAUCACCAUCGCACACGCACACACACUCACCUAUUGAGCUCAGAUCCAAAAAUUAUUUUUAUGAAAACGUUAAAAUUGUAAAUAUAUCUUUGAGCUUGUUUGCAAUUGUAUUUUAAAGUUAGCCGGCGGUAGAGCCGUAGAAGUAGUAAUCAUUCCCACCCUCCAAAUGCUAUUGUAAAUACAAAUUGUUAAGUCUAAGAAUGAUCUUUAUUGUCUCUAAGUAUUUUAUUCUAUUUUGUCCUAGUUAUGGUAUGUCUAAAUAUUGGCAUUUAGUUUUAUACAAAGAAAAAUAAAAACUAUUAAAAAUUAAA